CACUCCUUCUACUUCAUCGAGUAUCUGGCUCAAGUCGUGAUCUAAUUCGCUUAUAUCUUCGAAAUAAUCCAUUGUGGAAGGUUGAUCAGACUGAAAAUAACAGAACAGAAGGUCGAUGUUGAAUGUAAACAUUAUUUUAAGGGUCAAUCCAUAUCAUCAAGAAGCACAAUCAACCAAGACUGGAAAAUAUGUAGUAUGAAUCAUAUUCGUGUUUCAAAUUUGCCAUAAUUCUUUGUACCUAUGGAUUUUAGUUAUUAAUUGCUAGUAGUGUAAUUACUAAUUAGAUCGUAUUGAACUGAAAUUUUCUACUGUGUAUUCAAGGAAGGUACUUCUGAAGAAUGUUCGUUAACACUUGUGUUUGAAAACACGUCGAGUAAAAUUCUUGCGAUCGAUUCGCAUGGUAAAUUCACCGACGAGCAGUAUAAAAUCUGUUUGGAAGUUUCCAACCUUCGUCCGAAGUUGUUUGUACGUUUUUUAAAGACAGCUUAUAAAGAGAGUCAUGUGCUCUUUAAUGAAAUAUAACCUGCGUGUUAUUUGCCACGGAAAUAAGGUUGCGUCAACGUGUGUGCCAGUCAAGUCAGUCGGACUGACAUAUUCCCAAGUCGGAUCUAUAAAUUCAUGCUCUUUCAUGGGACAGUUUAGGUUAUCCGACAAGCCGGUCGAACUUCAAAAUGUUUCCGAUGAAACGAAAUCAUCUGUUUUCAUCGUAACUGAAGCCUUCAACGACAAAUCAUCUUCGAAUGGCAACUCAGAAAAUGUCCAAGAAAAACCUUGGAUGAAGAGUUUGCCUCGUGCACUCAUUAAGAUGGGAGAGUUGCAAAGUGAAUUGAAAGUAUACGAAGAUUCCUUAUGGAUGGCGACCGCACGUAGUGCGAUGGAAGAUUUUGAAACAACGUACGGUAGUAACGCGGAGAUCGACAGUUCUGGAAUUCCACAAAUAGGAAAGUCGGGAAUAACGUUCGACGAACAAACCAGACGUGUUCGUAAACUCAGAAUGAAAUGGAUUCUUGAAAAUAAGGCCGAGGAGCGAAAAAUUAUUAAACUGAAGAAGUUGUUGCCUGAAAAUGGAUAUACAGAUGAAUCAAUCUUCGCGGAUGAUUAUGCCAAUGGAUAUUUUGAGUUAUCUGAGAUUCUAAAGAAACGACUAUUGGCUCCUGGUCGCCCUUUCAAAAGCUUUCCCGACUGCGACUGGACUACAGACAAAGAAGCUUCCAAAGCGUUAUCCGUAUUUAUGAAGCUGUAUAAAUUUCCGAAGGAAGUGGUUGAACGAUUCGAGUAGAAGUUUCUGUUAACUUGUGUGGCGUUGAUUGUUUAUAAUAAAUUAUUAAUAAGUACUAGGUAUACUACGUACUAAUGUACAUUUUA